AUUUUAUUAAAUAUACAUAUUUUAUCAUAAUAGUAUAAUACUUACUAAAAUUCAAUUCUAAUAUUCCGAUCUAAUGUUGACAUGUUUUAUUUUAUUCUACUGUUGACUUCUAUUCCAUAACAAUAAUUGUACUAUAAUAUAAUAGAGGCUGAUCAGAUCAACAAACGAUUUUGCCGUCGCGACUUAAUUUUCCUACUCAGCGUGUUUUCGAUUAAUGGCUAUAAUUUUUCAUUGAAAUUUCAAUGUAUCCGUCUAAUGGUGUUUGCUGUGGUUAUUUUAUUUGUCUGUCUGGCGUAUGGGAACUCAGUCAGGUUUCAGGACACUGAUAUUCAUUCUGAAGAUUUAUCAAAAACAGUUAAUGACUAUCUUCUUUGCCGGCAUUGUGGUACAGAUAUUUCACCAUUAUCAUCACUUAUAUCCAUUGACAGUCCAGCUGCUUCAGAUAGUCGUGUAUCUCAAUUGUUUGGUUUGAAAAAUGUCAAAGUCCAAACUGUAAAGAAUUCAUUGCACUCACAAUUUGAAAUUCUUACACUAUCUAAAACUUUAUGUGUUGGAAAAGGCAAUUGGCAGACUGAAGAUUCAUGGUUUCCUGGUUACGUUUGGAAAGUUUGUGUAUGUGCUAAAUGUGGACGUCAUAUUGGAUGGAUGUUUGAACCUUUACAUUUGGCCACCAGUGAUAAAAUAUACCCAUCAAAAGAAGGGUUUUAUGUUGUCAUCAUCUCAAGUAUUAUUAAUGAAUUACAUGCUGAUUCAUUGAUUGUGGUACCAAAACAUUUUUCUACAAUAGAAGAUAUCUCAGAUUAAAAAUGUCAUCUCCAAGUAAUCAAAAAUCAUUUGAUAUCAAACAUGAAAUAGUUAUUAAAGACAACAUCACUACAUUUAAAUUCCUUGAAAUAUAUGUUGAUGAACCACCAACAGAGAAUCAGAAAGAAAAGUUAUUGCAAUUUGAAAAAGAGUUUAUAGGUCGAUAUACAGAUGAUGAUGAAGAUUAUGUUGCUACAGUAAAACUAGGAUGUUUAACUCCACCAUUAGUUUCUUCAUAUAGACCAUUCUGGGAUCGUAGAAGAGAAAAUAAAAAAAAAUGGGGAGAAAGAAAUGACAGACAUUCAUAUUAUCCUCAUCAUAAAAAACCAAAUUAUGGUUACAAUAAUGACUAUAGAAGAUAAGUUAAAUUCUUUACAGUAUACAUGUGUAAAUUGUAUUAUCCAGUGGUUCUAAUUUGUAUAAUAAUUUAUACAUUGAAAUAAUUAUAUUAAAAAUGCAUUGUAAUAAUUAUUUCCUUUUAAAAAUAAAUAUUUUGGGGUUUAA